GUUGUGACAAUCUUCUCCUCGCCGUUUUUCUUCCUGAAACGCAAAUCUCCGGCCACCUCUGUCCCGUCGUCUUCCGCGCCGCCGCCCCAAUCUCCGGCCACCUCGCCUGCGGAAGAUAUCUCCAGACUCCAGGCCUCUAGGGUACGCGCUUGCCACCGCCGUCGCGCCGGCCCUGCCUCCUCCGGUCCAUCCUCCUCGCCGCGGAUGCAGAACACAAAGACGAUGUCGACGUGGAAUUCCGGGAGUGAGCAAGGCAUGGGUGUCUUCCACAUCUGCGGGUACAGCCAGCACAUCAACACCGCAGCCGGCGAGAAAAAGAAAAUCCUCGUAUCCAGCACGUUCCGGGCUGGCGGCCACCACUGGGCCAUUUUCUUCCGCCCUGAUGGAUUCAGCGACAAAUCCGUAGCUGGAAUCGUGAUCGCGUCCAAACACGUCAAGUUGAGGGCGUCCUACGAGCUGCGGUUGGUCGACCAGAGCACUGGGCUGUUGGUCUCGGUGCACAAGGAAGCACCGAGGGAGUUCCAAAGAGACAAAGAUUUUCAUAGCGCGAUUAGUUUCUUUCGGGCAAAACGCAGCAUCUUCGAAUCGCCUACUUGCCUUCGGGAUGAUUGCCUCACAAUGGAAUGCACCGUCACUGUCAUCAAGGAGCCAUGGAGGACAGGAACCAAAACUAUUCCCAAAAUUCAGGUGCCGCAGUCUGAUAUGGCAGGGCAUUAUGCCAAGCUGUUGGAAGAGAAGGUGGGGGUGGAUGUUACUUUCAGUGUAGGAGGAGAGGAAUUCGCAGCGCACAAGGUUGUCCUCGCCACGCGCUCACCUGUCUUCAAAGCACAGCUCUAUGGGCCUUUGAGGGAGGCAGGAGCAGUGCCCAUAACCAUCGAGGAUAUGCAGCCUGAUGUUUUCAGGGAGCUGCUUCAUUUCAUCUACACCGACUCUUUGCCCCCUUUGGAUUAUCUUAAGGCAGAUGCUCGUACCGAUAUGAUCCGCCACCUGCUUGUGGCUGCGGACCGGUAUGGCAUGGAGAGGCUAACUCUGAUGUGUCAAAGUAUUCUUUGUGAGAAUCUCUGUGUGCAGACCGUGGCAACCACAUUUGCUUUAGCUGAUCAGCAUCAAUGUGACAUGCUUAAGGAUGCUUGCUUGGAAUUUAUCACCUGUUCAAUUGCUAGGGAUGCUGUGCAGAGAACCCAAGGUUACAGGAAUCUGAAAAGAACUUGCCCACCUGAUGUAAUUGAAGUGUUCGAGAAGGCAUGUAGGUUUCGUAAAGCAUGAGCACAUCAUCAUCUUAAGUUGACUUCUUUGGUAGCUUGACAGCUUUUUUGCUUGAUCAGCUCAUCCUAAGUUGAAUAUGUUUGGACAAACAACUUACUGUCGAGUGAAAGUAUGCGUGGACUAUAAGUCUAUAAUUCAUAGUAAGUUGUAUUACUAGCAUGCUAGUUUUUGCUCGUCCUAAGGUGCCAGUGGUCAGUACGGUGCAAUUGGUCCUAAGGUACUACUGAUGGAGGAGAACUGAAUUCGUCUGAGUACCAUCCAAGAAAUGCAACCUUAUCUUCAAGGCCCUGCUAAUUACAAAACCGAUCUAUUUCUUGCUUUGAUAUGAAGUCAAAUGAUUUGGAACAUACUUGUGGCUGCAGACCGAUAUGCCUUGGAUUGACAAAAGCUGGUGUGCCAAACCAUACUUCGUGAGGAUCUGGAUGUGCAAAUUGGGGCGUGUAUGUUGGCUUUAGCCUAUCAACCUCAUUGCAAUAUGCUUAAGGAUGUUUGGGUUGAGUUUAUUUCAUCUUUAAUAAUGGAUGAUUUAGUGGCAUCCCAAGGGUUUGCACUGAGAGAAAAACCUAAGAUAUCUACUUACUUUAUGUGAACAGCACUCUAUUUUCCACCAAGGUCAGCUCUGAAGGUAAAAGUGGUUAGUUUUGCCUGAGUUAGUGUACUCGUGAUUUCGUGAACAGCUUGCUGAAUCUAUCUGCUCAAUGGCUGAAGACAUGAAUUGGCUCCUAUUC